AUGCGCAGGCUCAGUUCCUGGAGGAAGAUGGCGACGGCCGAGAAGCAGAAGCACGACGGGCGGGUGAAGAUCGGCCACUACAUCCUGGGGGACACGCUGGGCGUGGGCACCUUCGGCAAAGUGAAAGUUGGCAAGCACGAACUGACUGGGCAUAAAGUCGCUGUGAAGAUACUCAACCGACAGAAGAUUCGAAGCCUCGAUGUGGUAGGAAAAAUCCGCAGAGAAAUUCAGAACCUCAAGCUUUUCCGGCAUCCUCAUAUUAUUAAACUGUACCAGGUCAUCAGUACACCAUCUGAUAUUUUCAUGGUGAUGGAGUAUGUCUCGGGAGGAGAGCUCUUUGAUUAUAUCUGUAAAAAUGGAAGGCUGGAUGAAAAAGAAAGCCGGCGGCUGUUCCAACAAAUCCUUUCUGGCGUGGACUAUUGCCACCGGCACAUGGUGGUCCACAGAGACCUGAAACCGGAAAACGUGCUGCUGGAUGCACACAUGAAUGCCAAGAUCGCUGACUUUGGUCUUUCAAACAUGAUGUCAGAUGGUGAAUUCUUAAGAACAAGUUGUGGCUCACCCAACUAUGCUGCACCAGAAGUAAUUUCAGGAAGAUUGUACGCGGGUCCGGAGGUAGACAUAUGGAGCAGUGGGGUCAUUCUCUAUGCCUUGUUAUGCGGAACCCUUCCAUUUGAUGAUGACCACGUGCCAACCCUUUUUAAGAAGAUAUGCGAUGGAAUCUUUUAUACCCCUCAGUAUUUAAACCCUUCAGUGAUUAGCCUAUUGAAACACAUGCUGCAGGUGGAUCCCAUGAAGCGGGCCACCAUCAAAGAUAUCAGGGAACAUGAAUGGUUUAAACAGGACCUUCCAAAGUAUCUCUUUCCUGAGGAUCCAUCGUACAGUUCAACCAUGAUAGACGACGAAGCCCUGAAAGAAGUGUGUGAGAAAUUCGAGUGCUCAGAGGAGGAGGUGCUCAGCUGCCUCUACAGCAGAAACCACCAGGACCCGCUGGCGGUCGCCUACCACCUCAUCAUAGAUAACAGGAGGAUAAUGAACGAGGCCAAAGACUUUUACUUGGCGACAAGCCCACCGGACUCUUUCCUCGAUGACCACCAUUUGUCUCGGCCCCACCCUGAGAGAGUGCCCUUCCUGGUGGCUGAGACUCCCAGGGCACGCCACACCCUCGAUGAAUUAAACCCACAGAAAUCCAAACACCAGGGUGUGAGGAAAGCAAAAUGGCACUUGGGAAUUAGAAGUCAAAGUCGACCCAGUGACAUCAUGGCAGAAGUUUGUAGAGCCAUUAAACAACUGGAUUAUGAAUGGAAGGUGGUGAACCCAUAUUAUUUGCGCGUUCGAAGGAAGAACCCUGUGACAAGUACAUACUCCAAAAUGAGUCUACAGUUAUACCAAGUGGAUAGCAGAACAUAUUUAUUGGAUUUCCGAAGUAUUGAUGAUGAAAUUACUGAAGCCAAAUCAGGGACUGCGACGCCACAGAGAUCGGGAUCCGUUAGCAACUAUCGGUCUUGCCAAAGGAGUGAUUCGGAUGCGGAGGCUCAAGGAAAAUGUGCAGAAGCUUCUCUUACCUCAUCUGUGACCUCACUUGACUCUUCUCCUGUUGACUUAACUCCAAGGCCUGGAAGUCACACAAUAGAAUUUUUUGAGAUGUGUGCGAAUUUAAUUAAAAUUCUUGCACAAUAA